AUGUUACCAAGGCCGAUGCGUCGCCUGUUCUCGAAGAGAGUAUUCAGGCCAAAGACGGUGGAAAAUAAGGCAUUAAACACAGCGUCAUCUCAGCAACUUCCAACCAAGAAAACACCAGAUGAUUCAGAGAUUAACCCCUUGAGCCACUUUGCUGCCUUUACGAGCAUGGAAAACUACGUGAACGUCACGCUGAUCCAGUACAACAAAAAGAAGGAGGACAAAAACCCAUCGAAGUCUCCCCAGAUCACUUGA